AUGGAUCCAAGUCUGAUACGAAAAACGGGGAGGAGAGCAAUGGUCAUAGGCAUCAGUACCUUCGUGAUGCCAUUGGUACUUAACCUUGUUUUGGCUUUAAUUUUAAAAAAAUCUCUCACAAUGGAUCCAAAUCUUCAUAAGUCGCUACUUUGGGUUGCAUCAUUUCAGUCCAAUAGCUCCUUUCAUUCCAUUGUUUGCCUGUUAGCUGAACUAAAGCUGCUCAAUUCAGAGCUUGGCAGGCUAGCCAUAUCUUCAUCAAUGAUCAGUGGCACAUGCAGUUGGUUGUGGACAACGAUUGUCUUCACAAUAAAGCAAAGCACGGAAGGAAAGAAGGAAGCUGUGCUUUUAAUGUUCAUAUCCGUUGCAUGCCUGUUUAUUUUUGUUGGAUUCAUCCUCCAACCUAUGAUGCUUUGGAUGGUUCGACAAACCGCUCAUGAAAAAGCAGUCAAAGAGAGCUACGUAAAUGCCGUUUUCAUCAUGGUACUUGGGUGUUGCCUGUUUGGUGAGAUUCUGGGACAGCAUUUUUUGUUUGGACCAAUUAUUUUGGGGAUGGCUGUGCCGGACGGACCACCCUUAGGAUCAGCUUUGAUCAAUAAGCUCGAUUGCUUUGUUUCAUCUAUUCUCCUGCCACUCCACUUCGUCUUUAGUGGUGCAAGGAUAGAUCUUUCAUUAAUACACUGCAGAAAUGUUGGUAUAGUUGAGAUAUUGGUUCUUUCUGCUUACUUGGGGAAAGUAAUUGGAACCAUGCUGCCUUCCCUCUAUUGCAAAAUGCCUCCCGCCGAUGCGCUGUGUCUAGGCAUCAUUAUGAGCACACAAGGCAUCAUGGAUAUUCUAAUUCUCGGAGGAGCAUCGCAAUUUCAGCUUAUUGACCAGGAAUCAUAUUGUAUCAUGGUAUUAUCAGCAGCAUUUUUUACUGGAACCAUCUCACCCAUAGUGAAAUUCCUCUACCAACCAUCAAGGAGAUACAUACCCUACAAGAGAAGAACCAUCCAACAUGCGAGGCCAAAUGCAGAACUUUGCAUGCUAGCGUGCAUUUACCAUCAAGAUCAUACCCCUUCCAUCAUCAAUCUUCUUCAAGCCACCAAUUCCAGCCUCCAAGGCCCUCUGUUUCUUUAUGUUGUCCAUCUUGUUGAGCUAUCAGGCAGAGCUGUACCAGUUCUUAUAGCUCAUCACCCCGGAAGGAGAGAGCCAUGCCAGUCUGAUCCUAUCAUAAAUGCUUUCAGAUUAUAUGAGAAACAAAACCAAGGUAAUGUGAUGGUAUACCCUUUAACUGUCAUCUCGCCUUAUGCAACAGUGCACGAUGAUGUAUGUGCCCUAGCCGCAGAUAAGAUGGUUUCCAUGGUGAUUCUGCCAUUUCAUAAUCUCUGGACAAACCAUGGAGCAGAGGGCUCAAAUGCAGUACGAGCUGUAAACCGUAAUAUCCUUAGAAUGGCCCCUUGUUCUGUUGGUAUCUUAGUUGAUCGUUACACCAUGAGGUAUGGCAGCAAUCGCAUGUUGGAAAGCAAACCUUUCUUUACCAUUGGAGUGAUUUUCUUGGGCGGGCAAGAUGACAGGGAGGCAUUAGCAUAUGCUAGCCGCAUGGCUAAACACCCCAAUGUUGGUCUAACAGUGGUGCGGCUUGUGGAGUCCGGAAGGCAAUGCAGGUAUUCGACUGACAUGGAUCAAGACAUGGAAAUGAUAAAGGAGUUUAGGGUAGAUAACAUUAACAAUGCUAGGAGUGAUUUCCAAGAGGAGGUGGUGAAGGAUAGUGUAGGAUUGGUUACUGUGAUCCAGAAGAUCGAAAAUUCUUUUGACCUAAUCUUGGUAGGAAGACGACAUCCAAGUGAUUCACCACUGUUAAUGGGGCUUACAGAAUGGAAUGAGUAUCCGGAGCUAGGGUUCAUUGCAGACAUGUUGGCUUCAUCAGAUGCUACUUGCAAGGUACCAGUUUUAGUUGUGCAACAGCAAUCUUAUGUAUGUGAAGGCAUGGUGGAUAUCCCUAAGCACCUUAACGAAGAUCCAUCUACUGUUAAAGUGUGGCCAAUCUCUUAG